AUGAUCUUCUCCUCCAUUGCUCUCGUUGCUUUUAUUUCCACAGCUGUACAAGCCCACUUCCAGCUUCAAUAUCCUAUCCCGCGUGGUCCUUUCGUCCAAGACUCUGAACCAACGUUCUGUGAUGGUUACACCAACGCCGUGGACAACCGUACCGUAUUUCCCCUCAGUAACGGGGUCAUCAACAUGAACAGCGAGCAUCCGUUAUGGUCGGCGGGAGUCAUAGUUUCGACGUACCAAAACCCGAUUAACUUCAGCGAUUUUAACUCUAGCUCUGGUUAUCAGUUGGCAGUUCAAUUUUUCCAGCAGAGCGGGGAGGGAGAUUAUUGCUUCCCUAUUGAUCUCGCGACUUCAAACAUUGCCGGAGUCAAAGACGGCGCAAACGUCACCAUUCAGAUUGUCUUUGAUGGUGGCGACGGCACUCUCUACCAGUGUGCGGACUUGACUCUAUCUGCCAACGUGACGACGCCGACCGGUACCACGUCUGAUUGUACAAACGUGACUUCAUCAUCGUCCACUGCGACUACGACUGCGACUUCCCCAUCUUCUACAAGUUCCGGCAGUGCCAGUAAAGGGGUAGAAGUUGGAUCGGGAGUCAUUGCAGGAGUAUUCAGCAUGCUGAUGCUACUCUCCGCCGUAUGA